AUGGAAGCAAGUCUAUCUGCCAUCCUGGACUCUAAGACCACGGAUAAAGCAGCGCCUAGGACAGGCAACGCUUUUUUACAAGAGCUCGCUCAAGAUCUCUCGGUAAGAGAGCAAACCUCCCCGCCAAUUCAUGAAGGUCUGGCGGGCAUUUUUAAUGGGCUUUUGUCAGAAAAGAUGCCCGAUGACAAGAUCAAGGCGAAGCUCGACAAAUAUACACGGCCCGAAAACAUCAACGGCUUGAUAACGCCGAAGGUUAACCCCCUAAUUUGGAGCCAGCUGUCCGCCACAAUGAAAGCACAAGACGCUAGAUCUCAGAAAGGGCAAAAUGCUCUCAUCGGCUCCGUAAUAGCCAUGACCAAGGCUACCGAUUUGGUUCUUGCAAAGUACAGCCAGGAUAAAGAUCUGACUACCCUGUUGACAGACGCUAUUGCAAUGGCGCUUCAAUUCAACCACGAGGUUAACCACUCGCGGCGCGUGGCAAUGAAGAAGGAAUUGCAUAAAGAUUAUGCAGCACUCUGCAACUCCUCCACUGUUGAAGGCUCUUCGGAGCUGUUGUUUGGCGACCUCUCCAAACUUGCUAAGGACAUUUCCGAAGCCAACAAGUUAACUAAGGGAUGGACCAUUUUAUUUUUGAGGGGGGGGGGGGUUGGGCAAUUACCAAAAAAAAAAUCCUGCAUAGCAAAAGUCAAGAAAAAAAAAAUCAUGCACAGUGGGCCAGGGAAAAAAAAAUUCGAGCAAGCCUUUCUACUGGUAGGAUCCUGUUAGAGCAAAUAAAAAGGUAAUCUGUAAUUUUUGUCAAUUUUAUUUCAACAGACCAAAAAUGCUGUUAAACUGUUUGUAAAAUAAUUCACUUCUUUGUGUUUCAUAUCAUAAAUAUCAAAAAUACAACAUUUCCAUCCAUCUCUUGUAGUAAAACAUAAAUUUGAACCAUUUCACUGAAUCUGGUAUAAUAUAAAAAUCAUGUCUUAAAAUAUCAUUUAUAUUUAAAUAUAACUUGUAUUAUAAAAUGACUUUCAGCUAUCUUCAACAUAUCUCAUAUAUAUUUAUUAAAUAACAAAAACUGUAAUGUCUUAUAGUGGCUGUUUCUGCCCCUUGUUCUGCCGCUUCUUCCACUUCUGCUCCUUGUUCUGUCACUUCUUCCACUUCUGCCCCUUGUUCUGCCGCUUCUUCCACUUCUGCCCCUUGUUCUGUCACUUCUUCUGCUUCUGCCCGUGCCCCUCCUUCUGCCAUUGCUUCUGCUUCUGUCACUGUUUUUGCUUCUGCGCCUGCUUUACUCUUCUUUCUUUUUUUGUUUUUUUCAUUUAAUUUCUUGCGCUUCCUCAGCAGAGAUACAUGAGAAGCUGAAGAGCCAAACUUCUCUCUAGCUAUCUGGACCAUUUGGUUUGCCCUUUCCAAAAUGGUGCCAAUCUCUCCUUCAACACUUAGGAUACUGGGCCUGAGCUUGGAAUAAAAUUCCCAAGUUUCAAGGAGGCCUAUAACAGUGUGAACAUAGAAAUUAAUAAACAGUACAUGUAAUUUUUAAGCAAAUGAAAUAUCUUCGCAGUAAUGUACCCAACUUAAAGCAGUUGAGAAAAGCAAGCCUGAAAAAAAAUUAUGGCUUGAACGGGAUUCGAACCCAUGACCUCUGCGAUACCGGUGCAGUCGCUCUACCACUGAGCUAUCAAGCCAAGGGGUUUGGCCAUUUGUGAGUUCGUUAUAUACCCGUAGAUGGAGAGGAUAUGAGAUGUACAGCAUUUGAAUAUGACCAGAGCAGAGUGUGACAAAAAAGGAUACACAAAAGAGAAGAAGAUACAAGACAUAAAAGCCAAUUUCUUUGGCAGACAGCUUAACAGCUCAUCCAAGAAACAAAACAAUGGUCCAACUUUAAUCUCAUUACAAGGUACCACGCAUAGUCACCCAUCUUCAAAAAUCACAAGUCAGCCUCCUUCUGCAAAUUCCUCGACACUAAAUGUUCCACCUUGGGGUGGCACCCUAAAUAAUACUGCUUACAUGGUCACACAAUCAUUAACAAACACUUGCCCCAUUGAUAAUUAUUUGACUAUAUUCUAUGUGCUAUUAACUGACCACAAGAAGUUACAUCAAGAACUUGUGAAGUCAACAGAGAUUUUUGCUGGAACCCUCAUUCACAUCAAAAAUUUAUUUGACACCAGAAUGUUUCCUGAAGCAAAACUUGAAUGGCUACAUUUGUUUCCAGCAAGAUUUGACCUCACAGCACCGAUCAUUGAUUUGUGGGGAAAUGAGGAUGACCUCUUUCUCUCAAGGCUUCAGCCUAUCUUGCGAGCAACACAUACUGGAACCUGUUCUUCGCCUGCAUGCCCAGCCCAACAGGUGGAUUAUGUCUCCCACAACGUUAUGUUAUGGUACUUGCCUGCAACAUUUUAUGCAUUUAUGCAUGGCUUUUAAAUGAUAUACCCUGCCAUGGAAAGUACAACCAGUCAGAAUAUUAAAGCAUAUAUUUGUAUGUUGCUAUUAAAAUGUUGCCUGUAUGUCUGUGUGUUGUAUGUUAUCUUUUGUUUUAAUUUUAUGUAUGUCUGUAUGUAUGCACAAGUACAUGCAUGUCUUCUCAUAUAUAAACCCUAUUAAAAUAAUGUAUUUAAUGUGUUAUUUUCAAGUGAGGUUGGCAUACCACCUCCAGGAUUUCUGCAGAUGAGUCUUGACGAGUGGAUGUCAACAGAUCGUGUGAAAACACUGUGCGGUUCCACUCUUCUGGGUCCACUUACAGGUGGUAGCCCCCACUUUUUUGGGACAGUUCUUAGUCAGUGCCCUACUUCUGGUCAAUUUGUGUAAGUUAUACACAUUAUUGUUAAUUUAAAACAAAUAACAUUUAACUGAAUUUUUGCUUCAAAUCAAAUUAGAAGCAUUGUCACAUCAGCAUAUAGACCAUGUAGCUGAAGCUCUUGAGUAGGGUGCUGAUGUAAACGUUCAUUUCCAUGUUUAAAUUUGUCCUAUUUAUAAAUAUCCUUUGAAAUCAUUAAAUGUAUUUAUUGUAAUAGGAUUAUAUGAUUAAUUGUACAAGUAGUGUUCAUUCCUGUAACCAAGUUAUUGGUUUUCCAUGUAGGCAACAACUCCAAGCAUAUUGUGGUGGACAACGGUCUUACCAAAGGCGGACAUUUGUACGUGGAAGUCCUCCAUUUAUCCCCCUUGUCUUGGAUCACUUUGCCACAAAGGAGAUUCUUGCAGAUAUUUCUCAGUUACCCCCAGAUAUCAAGCUUGAAGGACACAGGUAUUAAAGCAGUUAGGGUUCACCACUCUAUGUGUGUGUUGAUACAGUAACAGUUUUAAAAUGUGCAAAGAGCAAAUCAUAUGUUAAAAUGUUCAUCAGUGCAAAGAGUGAAUCAUACCACUCUCAGUGAAAUUUAUGAGGUUGCGAUUUCUCAGAAGAAUUUUAAUUUAUAAUGACAGAAGAUGGUGUGCUAUAAACUGUGUGAAAUGUACAUAUCUUAUUCUUGUUUAAAGGGUGCUACAUUUUAUAGUGGAAAUCACUAUAGAGGUGUUGUAAAGAGGGGAGGCAACUGGUUCCACUAUGAUGGUCUAUGGGAGAGGCAACAGCCAGGAAGUGGAUUGAGACUGGGGGGCACAGCUACUCCACAUGGCUUUAUGCUGUCAAGCUGCAUUUAUCUCAAGGCUUUGUUACUGUAAGAGGGUGGGAAGUAUUAAAAUUUGCUAGGUGUUUUCUUAAGACAACAUUUGUGUUUUAGAUAAGAUAUUCAAUACUAAUUUCCUGGCAUCGGAUAAAAAGAUCCAGGCAUUUUUACAACAUUUGUAAUUCAGCUGAACAGAAUUCCUUUAUAUUUAUUUUUGUAACCCAACAUGUAACACUGAAUAGACUAAAUGCAGCUUGACAGUAUCGGCCUGGAGAGAAAGCACUGCUUGAGGUACAUGUACCAUCUUGUAUAGACAUACCCUAUGGAAUGCUCAUUUUCGGUGAUACUAAAUAUGAAGACUAAAAAAAAAUGGAAAAAAAAAAUUCGUGCACAACCUUUAGGUACUAAAAAAAAUUCGUGCACAGCCCAAAGGCGAAAAAAAAAAAAAUUCUUACCAAGCAAAAAUUGCCCAACCCCCCCUCAAAAAUAAAAUGGUCCAUCCCUAAGAAGGUUCGCCCGUCGCAUUCCACGAAUUCCCGCGGUGACAAGUACGGGGGACGCUCAAGUUAUGGUUCGAGCCAAGGAAACAGAAGAUUUCACCCCUACUCAAAAAGGAAGGCCUAUAAUUUUUUAGGCAACAGCUGCUUCUCCAAACAAAGAAAGAAAAAGGACGGAGAGACGAGUCAGCGGCAAUGAAAAUGCCAGGGGUAUGUGAUGAAAACAUGACUCUCCCUAAAGGCCUCGAGCCCAGUAUACUAAGUACACUAAAAUUACAAACUAAAUUUCAAGCAGGACAGCUUCGAAAUUUCUUACCUCAAUGGAAAACUGUAACAACCGAUCCCACUAUACUUCAAUUUGUUUCCGGGGUCAAAAUAGAAUUUCAAAACAAUUCUCUGCCCACGCAACAACAUAAGAGACCCAGUGUUUUUAACACUAAACAGCAUGCUAUUGUUAAAGCGGAAAUCGAUAAACUGCUCACUAAAGGUGUUAUUAUACCCGCGGCACAGGAAACGGGGGAGUUUAUCUCUACCAUAUUCCUUAGACCGAAAAAGGAUGGCACGCACCGCACCAUUCUCAAUCUUAAAGAGUUUAACGAAUUCGUAGCUUAUCAUCAUUUUAAGAUGGAUACCCUAGAGGCGGCCAUCAGUAUGAUGAAACCAGGCUGCUUUAUGGCAUCAGUUGAUCUCAAGGAUGCUUAUUACACCGUUCCCAUUCACCCCUCUCACCAGAAAUAUCUCAAGUUUUGUUUCGACGGCGCUUUCUAUCAAUACACUUGCCUACCUAACGGCCUCGCCAGUGCGCCUCGUAUUUUCACAAAAUUACUCAAACCUGUCUAUGCUACACUUCACAGCAUGGGUCACUUAAAUUCAGGCUACAUUGAUGAUUCUUAUCUCCAAGGGGAUACUGUUGCGGACUGUCAACAAAACGUUGGAGACACUGUCACGUUAUUUACCAGCCUAGGGUUUUUCAUCCAUCCAGAAAAGUCGGUUUUCGUUCCUACCCAGCGGUUGACGUUCUUAGGGUUUGUUCUGGAUUCGAUUAGGAUGACAGUUACGCCUACCGAAGCAAAAAUGCAGAAAAUCAAAUCCAGUUGCGACACUCUCCUGAAGACCCCCAUGCCCACUAUAAAACAAGUCGCAGAGGUUAUCGGCAUUUUGGUGUCCAAUUUCCCCGGAGCUCAAUACAGGCCACUUUAUUACAGAAACGUGGAACGUGACAAAUAUCUCGCCCUCGUGCUUAACAAAGGAAAUUAUGAAGGGAAAUUAUGGCUAUGCCCCAUGGCGCUACAAGAAAUCCGCUGGUGGCUAAAUAAUGCUAUUACCUUACACAGAGAUAUUCAACAUCCCCGCCCCAGCGUGACAAUUCAAUCGGAUGCGUCCAAAUUGGGGUGGGGAGCGGUUUUUGGGGCACAGAAAACAGGGGGAAGGUGGACCCUGCGGAAACCGAAUCUCACAUCAAUGUAUUGGAAUUGCUUGCGGCUUUCUUUGCCCUAAAAUGUUAUUGCAGCAAAAUGGGGAACUGUCACAUACAGCUUCAGAUCGACAAUACCACGGCCAUUGCGUACAUUAACAACAUGGGAGGCUCUAAAUCAAAAGAACUUGAUCAACUGGCUUUUCAAAUUUGGGAAUGGUGUAUAACUAGGCACAUUUGGCUCUCCGCUGUUCAUAUUGCUGGUCGGCUGAAUACCUGUGCUGAUGAAAAAUCUCGCGUAUUUUCGGACAACCAUGAGUGGAUGUUAAACAAACAGUUGUUUGACGACAUCCUAUCACACCACCCUGGGCUGGAUUGUGAUUUUUUUGCCAGCAGAUUAAAUUUUCAGAUCAGCACUUACUGCUCGUGACGCGGAGAUCCACACAGUGCCCACAUCGAUGCUUUUACUAUGAACUGGAGUGGUUACAAAUUUUAUGCAUUUCCACCUUUCAGCCUCCUCCCCAAAUGUUUACCGAAAAUCAGACAAGACAGAGCGCACGGAAUACUCAUUGCUCCUCUUUGGCCAACACAGCCGUGGUUCCCUCUCCUGCUACAAUACCUGUGCGAUCAACCUUGGAUUCUGCUUCCACGGCCGGACCUUCUGAAACUCCCCUCACACAGUCGACCCCACCCACUGCACAAGAAACUCCACCUAAUGGUAUAUCCUGUGUCAGGGGGGCCUUCAGCCGCUACAACUUUUCAGAAGAAGUUACCGAUGUGCUCAUGGCCUCUUGGAGGUCAGGCACGCAGAAACAGUACCAAACCUAUCUUAACAAAUGGAUGGCGUUUUGCGGUGAGAGGAAGAUUGCUUACUAUUCACCACCACUAAAUGAAGCCCUUCAAUUUCUUGUACGACUAUUUAAUCAAGGACUGAGUUAUUCCGUGCUAAACACUGCCCGCUCUGCUCUUUCUGCAAUUAUUAUAACGGAAGGUGGGGAGUCUUUCGGUACUAAUUGCGUUGUAACUCGAUUUAUGAAAGGAGUCUUUGAAUCACGGCGACCAAAACCUAAGUAAACAAAAAUUUGGGAUGUCGGAGUAGUUUUGAAACAUUUGUCUACGUUAUACCCGUAUGACAAAUUGGCAUUGAAAGAUUUGACGUAUAAAGUUCUCAUGUUAAUCUUACUAGUCUCGAGUCAACGAGGACAAACUGUACACUCUUUAGACCUUAAGCACCUUUGUGUGGAAGAGGACAAAUACAUAUUUGACAUUGAUGAACACAUGAAGACCAGUAGUCCAAGGAACCCUAAUACAAGAAUCGAAAUAGCUAGAUAUGAGCCGGAUGUUUCCAUUUGUCCUUUCACUUGCCUUAAGGCGUAUAUUAACAGCACAAAAGUUUUGCGUAAAGAUGAAACGCAAUUAUUUGUUAGUUAUGUUAGGCCACAUAAACCUGUCUCCAGGGACACAAUUUCCAGGUGGACAAAGGAAACCCUCCACCUUUGUGCGGUGGAUACCAAAGUGUUUUCCGCCCAUAGCACUAGGUCGGCCUCUGUUUCAAAAGCCAGUGCCAAAGAUGUCCCUGUUCACGAGAUCAUGGCUAGGGCUGGCCGGAAAUCCGCAGAGACUUUUCAUAAAUAUUAUAAUAAGCCUGUUGUUCAAGGAAACAGUGUGGCCUCUGCUGUUCUGGGUGCUAGCCCACACUAGGCCUUUCGUCAUGUCUAUUUUGGACCUG